GCUAUUUUCGGAACGAACCGAUAUGGAUAAAGGGACCUCACUUCGGCAGCAAAGCGCCACUCGCUGCUCGGUCUCUUGCACGACGAACGCUCACCGCGCGUCGCCGAUUUUUAUUCUCGCUCACGAAAGUAACUAAAAAAAUCCAACAAGAUGUGUGACGAUGAUGUUGCGGCACUGGUCGUGGACAACGGAUCCGGUAUGUGCAAGGCCGGAUUCGCAGGAGAUGAUGCCCCACGUGCCGUAUUCCCCAGCAUUGUGGGUCGCCCAAGACAUCAGGGUGUGAUGGUCGGUAUGGGUCAAAAGGACAGCUACGUCGGUGAUGAAGCCCAGAGCAAGAGAGGUAUCCUCACCCUGAAAUACCCCAUCGAGCACGGUAUCAUCACCAACUGGGAUGACAUGGAGGCCCUCUUCCAACCAUCCUUCUUGGGAAUGGAAUCUUGCGGCAUCCACGAGACCGUCUACAACUCCAUCAUGAAGUGCGACGUCGACAUCCGUAAGGACUUGUAUGCCAACACUGUUCUUUCCGGUGGUACCACCAUGUAUCCCGGUAUUGCUGAUCGUAUGCAGAAGGAAAUCACCGCCCUCGCUCCCUCAACCAUCAAAAUCAAGAUCAUCGCACCACCCGAGAGGAAAUACUCCGUCUGGAUCGGUGGCUCCAUCCUUGCCUCCUUGUCCACCUUCCAACAGAUGUGGAUCUCCAAGCAGGAAUACGACGAAUCCGGUCCCGGAAUCGUCCACCGCAAGUGCUUCUAAAUCAAAGACCCAUCAAACCUCGACACAAGCUCGCCAUCUUCAUCAGCCUCAUCUCCGUCAUCUACAUCCACGAGUUUCGUCGGCUGGACCAGGCUACUCCAUCGCUUUUUUCGUU